CACACCCGGUGAACAAACCAGCAUGGCGGUCGUAUUGAGGCUCGUCAACAGGACAUCGCUGAAAUAUGCAAUGGGACAGCAGUUUUUUGCCUUCAGUUCUACUUCUAAAGCCAAGUCGCAAGCAGAUGUGCAAACUGUCAAGUCGCUUCCAAAAAGGGUGAAAAUAGUUGAGGUGGGUCCCAGAGAUGGUCUUCAGAACGAAAAGACGCUCGUUCCAACAGAGACUAAAAUCCAGCUCAUUGACCUGUUGUCCGAGUCGGGAUUGUCUGUAAUAGAAGCCACGAGUUUUGUCUCCCCGAAGUGGGUCCCACAGAUGGCAGACCAGGUGGAGGUGAUGAAAGGGAUCUCCAGGAAACCUGGUGUGUGCUACCCAGUUCUUACUCCAAAUCUGAAAGGCUUUCAGGCUGCUGUGCAAGCCGGCGCUGCUGAGGUGGCCAUAUUUGGAGCUGCAUCCGAGCUGUUUAGCAAGAAGAACAUAAACUGCUCAGUGGAUGAGAGUUUACAGCGCUUCGACGAUGUCAUGAAGGCAGCAAAAGAAGCCGGUGUGCCAGUUAGAGGAUAUGUGUCGUGUGUCCUCGGAUGCCCGUAUGAAGGCAAAGUGUCGCCGGACAAAGUGGCGUAUGUGGCCAGGCGUCUGUACUCAAUGGGGUGUUAUGAGGUUUCACUGGGUGAUACCAUUGGAGUGGGGACUCCCGGAAGCAUGAUGGAGAUGCUGGAGGCGGUCAGUAAAGAGGUGCCGGUCCACGCCCUGGCCGUGCACUGCCAUGACACCUACGGUCAAGCGCUGGCCAAUAUUCUGGUUGCACUUCAGAUGGGGGUCAGUGUGGUGGACUCCUCUGUGGCAGGACUGGGUGGUUGUCCGUAUGCUCAGGGGGCUUCUGGGAACGUCGCCACUGAAGAUGUCGUCUAUAUGCUACACGGACUUGGGAUUGAAACGGGAGUGGACCUUCCCAAACUGAUGGAUGCUGGCGCUUUCAUCUGCCGAAGUCUCAACAGAAGAACCAGCUCGAAGGUCGCGCAGGCUGCCUGCAAGCUAUGAGCACAUUAAUACGGAACGGACUCUAACCUCAACCUGUCCCUUCUGGUUUUGUUGUUUGAGUCUGGAUGUCUGUUGAACUGAACAAUUGAAAGCAUGAACAAAACGGAGCCUUAUGUAUAGUCUUUAGUUUCACGUUUAUGUUGUGAUCUCACUAAGCCUGUGAAUUUCUAAUCCUGUUAAUUUGUCAUAGCGUUUGGGCUUUUAUUAUUUAUUGUAACAGAUAGUGUACAUAUAAUGAGAAGAGAAAUAAAAUGUAUAUUGUGUGCGGCUCUGGACGAUGCUGUCUUCGAUUAAGAAGCUUUGAAUUAUAAAUGACUUUCUUAA